UCCCACCAGUUUUUUCUCUCCUCCUCCGUAUAGAGCAGAAAAAACAAGGGCAUCCAUCGGUCUCUCUCCAUCUUCUUCCUCCAUCAUCACCAAAUCUAACGUCACAGGGUGAUAUAUAAAUACAUCCUUGUCAUCUUCUCCAGCUGCUGCUGCUUGUGUAAAGAGACUUGUCUCUCUGUGUCCUUCUCCUCUCCAUCUCCUCUCUACCUGGAGGUUUGUGUUUCCAGCCUGAAGAGGAGCCGAGCAGCAGGGGCGUGAGAGGCGGAUGCUGCGCGAGCCUCAGAGGCUGGGUACCAAACCAGGAGCAUCACAGCAACUCACCACACGAUGGACAGAAUGAAUUUUCUCUCCUUCUUCCUCCUUUGCUUGACUUCGGUUGCCGAUGGCAACAAAGCCAAUAAGCACAAGCCAUGGAUCGAGACAGAGUACCAGGGGAUCGUCAUGGAGAACGACAACACCGUGCUGCUCAACCCCCCUCUCUUUGCCCUGGACAAAGAUGCUCCACUACACUACGCCGGUGAAAUCUGUGGCUUCCGGGUUCAUAAUGGCCCCUCGGGUUCAGGCUCGGUCCAGUUUGAAGCGGUGGUUCUGGACCGCUCCACUGGCGAGGGCCUGGUCCGAUCCAAGGAGCCGCUGGACUGCGAGAGCCAGCGGGAGCACAGCUUCACCAUCCAGGCCUACGACUGCGGAGAGGGACCCGAUGGAGUCAACAGCAAGAAAUCCCACAAGGCCACCGUGCAUGUUCGCGUUAACGACGUCAAUGAGUUCUCCCCCGUGUUUGUUGAGCGUCGCUACGAGGCUUCAGUCCCAGAGGGGCGUCUGUUUGACCGAAUUGUGCGUGUGGAGGCUCUGGAUGCAGACUGCUCCCCGCAGUACAGCCAGAUCUGCUUCUAUGACAUCAUCACUCCUAAUGUGCCCUUCGCCAUCGACAACGAUGGUAACAUUAAGAACACAGAGCCGUUGGACUCGAAGCGUCAGCGUGUUCACACCUUCUGGGUGACCGCCUUCGACUGUGGAAAGAACCGCGCUCAGGCUGAUGCCCAGGUUGUCGUCACAGUCAAGCCGUCCUGCAAACCCGGCUGGAUCGGAUGGACCAAGCGUGUCGAGUACACACCCGGCUCAGGCAGCAUCCCCCUGUUCCCCAGCCUGCAUCUGGAGACCUGUGAGGAGACGGUGUGGAACAUCCAGGCCACCGUAGAGCUCCAGACCGGCCACAUCGGGAAGGGCUGCGACAGAGACAGCUACUCUGACAGAUCUGUGCGACGACUGUGUGGUGCUGUCAGAGGUGAAGUCGACCUCCUCCCACCUCCAUCUCCUGCUGCCAACUGGACCUCAGCUCUGCCCACUCUCCCUUCCUCUGAUUCAUCUCUGGUCUUCUCCUUCAACGGAUCCAACCAUGUCGCCGUGGUGCCGGAUCCAGUUGUCUCGGCGUUGUCAGGCGACCACUUCACCCUGCAGCUGUGGAUGCGAAGGGGCGGCGCCAACAUCCAGCCCGCGACCACUCAGACCAGAGGGAGCCGCAAGGAUGAGGAGACUAUUGUGUGCAGCACCGUCAAGAAUGAUGAUUCCUUCUCCCACUAUUCCCUCUCUGUCCACGGCUGCCGCCUCUCUCUCUUCUACUGGCCCGACGUCUCCGCCGCACGGCCCGUCAAGUUCUUGUGGAAACUGGAGCAGGUGUGUGACAGUGAGUGGCAUCAUCUUUCACUCAGCGUCCAGUUCCCCUCGGUGACCCUGUAUGUCGAUGGCGUGACCUUCGACCCCGCCCUCAUCCAUGACAACGGUGCCAUUCCCAACCCUCUCCCCCGCCAGAGGAUGUUCAUCGGCGCCUGUUGGGAGCCUGAGGAGAAGCAGAAGGAAAUACUAAACAACACCAUCCCAGAGGGUAAAGACUCAGUGAAGUAUGUGGGUGGGUACCACGGCCUGCUGUCGGGGGUGACGGUGCGUCCCGGCAGCGUGGAGCCUCACAGUGUGGUGGAGUGUCUGUACGCCUGCAGGGAGGGCCUGGACUUCGGAGACCUGGAGACUCUGGGAUCCGGCAUGAAGGUCCAUGUGAACCCCAGCCAGUCAGUGUUGGUGCUGGAGGGAGACGACAUUGAGAGCUUUAACCGUGCAGUGCAGCAGGUCACCUACAGGAACUCUCUACGCUUCGCCACCCCCGGAGUCCGACCCCUCAAACUAACCACCUCGCUCAGAUGUUUCAACGAGGAGAGCUGCCUGUCCCUCAAGCAGCUGGAGGGAUACCUGGUGGUUCUCCAGCCUGACGCUCCUCAGAUCUCUCUGUCUGGGGUCGGCCCUCAUCUGGCUCGUCCUGCCCCUGAGUUUGAGGGUCCCCGUGGCGUCCCCCUUUUCCCCGAGCUCCGCAUCGUCUGUUCCUUGUCUCAUGCUGUCAACACGGCCGCACAGGGGAUGGAGGGUGGAGCUCUGAUGUCCGACGCCGUGGCUCACACUUUGGACGGCUGUGAGGUCCAACCGCUGGGGGAAGAGCUGAACCCAGAGAGGGAGGAGCUUCUGGUGGACAUGGAUGUUGUGCGAGAGAGGGGACUGGAAAUCAUCAAUACUACUGCUUAUAUUGCUAUCACAGGUGCUGAAUCAAUCUCUGUGUACGAGGACGUCCUUCGCUCGGUCCGCUACCGACUGGCCAAAGGCACAGCCCGCUACGAGAGGCGGUUCCGCCUGUCCUGCUCUGAGAUGAAUGGCAGAUACACCAGCAAUGAGUUGACUCUGGAGGUGAACUUCCUCCAUUCUCUGGACAUCUCUAUGAACCACCCGUCCCACCUGAUGGCCGGCCAGCAGCAGUUUCUCCAUCCGUCCCACCACGCUGGAGAGCUGAGUGGACACGUCCUGCCUAAUCCACACCGCAACUCAGUGGUGCCAGGAGCAGCCACCGUCAUCAUAAUGGUGUGUGUGGGUUUCCUGGUUGUCAUGGUGAUCCUCGGUGUUUUCCGAAUUCGUUCCAUCCAUCGCCGUGGUGAGGGUGCCAGGGGCGGGGCUGAGAAGGGUAGCAGCCAAUGGGACGACUCUGCUCUCACCAUCAUCGUCAACCCCAUGGAGUCAUAUGAGUCUCGUAUGGGCAUCUCUGCUGACACGGAGGGGGAGGGGGAGGGGGAGGAGGAAGAGGAGGUAGCAGAGUCACCUGAAGACGCCAGCGACGACCAGAGAAUCAUCAUCAAGAAGGAGGGGAGAGACGGCAACGCCCGCCGCUACUGAGCCACACGUGUCUCUGCACCAGUUCUCAUGGAAACCACAAACCGGCUCACACACUCCAACACUUUUAAUAUCAACGACUGCUGACACUACUAGUAUAAGGAAUGUAUGCUUACAAACACUACGCACAACACAGUCACUGUAAUACUCUUGACACUCAACGCCAUAUGUGACCUAUAGCCAACAACGGGCAGUUGUUCUCCACCUAAAUGUUCAAUGGCACAAUGUAUACAUUUAAUGUAAUUUAACCGCCUGAGCAAACCCCACCAAAAUUGUAUGUGGUGCACCAGUUCUAAAUCACAAGAUGGUAACGUGUCUGUAUAGUGUAAUACUGGUUGAAUGAGACUGCUUUUUGUUUAAAAGAAAAAAAAAGAUUGUAUUCUAUCUUUUGUUAUUGAACACAGAAUGAAAUCUUUACAAAAUGAAAACAAUCUGCAACAUGCAGGCCUUGAGUAGAUCUGUAGGCGAAGACACGAGCCUUGAUCCCGACAUUGUCUCUGCACUCCUCUUAUUAGACUCGACUCCAGAAGUCUGUGCACAAGCUCUUUUCUCCCUCUUUGCAUCCUCUCUCGACACAUUCCUCGACCACCGCAGAGUGAAGACAGUGAGGUCAGACAUUACGGUCACUCUACAACGCAUUCAUAAAAACUAAAAAAAACACUACGUUUGCAGGUAUUUUUCUUUUGGUAUUGUGACUGGUGCUUCAGCUCCCGACUAUAUGUUGCGCAGGGCUGAUGAGAAGAUUCAACCGUACACCUCACCCUUUACACAAGUUGGUACUUAUGCAACAACCAGAUGCAGAAUAAAAGCCUCGAGGUGUCGAGUCAGGAGUCUUUGCAAAGUUUCAGCUUGUGCCGCUUAAUGACAAAACAUCACUAUCUACAGUAAACCCGGUGUAACCUGACCUCUGACCCCUCUCACAGUGACCGCUGGAAUGUCUCUAAAUGACUGCACUGUUUCACUCACUGCACACCGCUCUUACAAUAACUGCAAGACGUCACACGCAAUCACACACAAAAACACACACACACAUACACACUCCAUAACGCUACCCCUGCUGUUUCCAGAAUGUCAGCUCAGCUUGGGCAGUUUUGAUUGUAUUGAUUGUAAUGAAUUUUCUGUACAUACAAUGAUGAAUAUUACGAUAUUAUUGUUAUUACUAUUAUUAUUGCAGCCACUCUUCUUCUCUUUUUCUGCACACUUUGAGAGGGAGCAGAUUAAUUUUUUUUUCCAUUUGAGUUAUCACCUUUAAAGCAUCAGAAAACAGUAUAAUAAUAAUAAUAAUAGUAGUAGUGAUAAGGAUGAUAAUCCCUGGCUUGAUGAGUGUCUCUUAAUUUGUGUGUAAUAUUGUUGUAAUUUAAGAACUUGUCAAUAUCUGAAUCACAGAAAAAGGAGGGCACAUUGUUGUGAUAUACUUAAAUACGUCUCACUCAUUUCAUCCUCCACUCUUUCAGGUAAUUUUUUCACAUUUCAAAACCGAAACCUUUAAUUUCUUUUCUAUUUCUCGCCAUCUGAUAUAUUUGGUUCAAUGAAUGUACAACUGUGUGCUUCUCCUCACCUCCCCCUCCCUGUCUUCCCCCCUCACCUCUCCCUCACUCUCCCUCUGUGUCUCUUGCUGUCUGUCUGUGUAGCCUAUCAAUGUGCAGUGCUAAACCUGUCAGUAAAUAAAGCCUGUCGUUUUUGAGUGUGAUGUUAAGAAGGAAUAAACAUUGCAUUGAUUAAUAACUUAUAUUAUUACUAUGUUACUAUCGGAACAUUACCUGUAAUUAUUGAUACAAUGAUGACAUGGAUUAUGCUGACUAAUUGUUAUUGAGAACUGUCAGAAAACAUUACAAAAUUCAUAAUAAAAACACUAUAUGACGUCUC